AAACGGGGUGACACUGUUCAAGCGAAACAAGUGCUCGGAGCCGUCGGCGAAACCGGAUCGUUGAUUGGCCCAGUGCUUAACUUCCAACUCUGGCAAUACCCUAAACCAAAUGCGCCCCUAAACCUUUGAAUACGCGAAGGUGGUUGACAAGAAAGAUGGGUUAAUAUCAAUUGGUUUUUCAAUCGACAUCCCAAUUGGGGAGAAAACAUGGCAUACAAAUACGAAACCGUUAUCGGUUUGGAGGUUCACGCUGAAUUAUCGACAAACAGCAAACUCUUUUGCAACUGCGAGGUUAAGUUUGGAUCUGAGGCAAAUACGCAGACUUGCCCCAUCUGUUUGGGGAUGCCCGGUGUGCUGCCUGUGAUGAAUCAGCGGGCGGUCGAGUUUUCAAUCCGUGCCGCUUUAGGACUGAAUUGCAAAAUUGCGUCUUACAGCAAAUUCGAUCGGAAAAAUUACUUCUAUCCAGAUUUGCCCAAAGGCUACCAAAUCUCACAGUAUGACCUACCCCUUGCCUACGACGGUCAUGUCGAUUAUGAACUGGACGGCGAAACGAAGCGUGUCCGCAUUAAUCGUAUCCACUUAGAGGAGGAUGCGGGAAAGCUAGUCCAUGCGGACGUGACAGGAAAUCCAAAUCAGAGCUAUGUAGACUUCAAUCGUUCAUGUGUGCCGCUGUUAGAGAUUGUUAGUGAGCCUGAUCUGCGCUCCCCUGCAGAAGCAAUCGCCUACUGGCGCGCGGUCAAAGAAAUCCUCGAAUAUGUCGAAAUUAGCGAUUGCAACAUGGAGGAGGGGAGUUUCCGUUGUGAUGCGAAUAUCUCCCUGCGUCCCGUUGGCAGCAAAGAAUUGGGGACACGAACAGAAUUGAAAAAUAAAAAUUCAUUUCAGCAUGUGAUGACCGCCUUGGAAUACGAGGAGAAGCGUCAAGCACGGAUUCUCGAUCAGGGGGGUAAAGUUAUCCAAGAAACCGUACUGUUUGACAUCAACACCGGUAGGACAGCCUCCAUGCGUAGCAAAGAGGAGGCUCACGAUUAUCGCUACUUUCCUGAACCCGACCUUGUUCCUUUUGAGGUAGAUGCAGCAGAAGUUGAACGUAUCCGAGCAGCGCUGCCGGAACUACCUGCUGAACGCCGCAAGCGUUUUGUUGAAGAAUACGGCAUUCCUACCUACGAUGCAGAGUUUCUCACUGCCACGCGACAGAUGGCGGACUUUUUCGAUGAAACAGCGCGUCUCAGCAGCGAUCCAAAGGGGAGCAGUAACUGGAUCAUGGGGGAUCUGUCGGGGCUGUUGAACAAUGCAGGGAUAGAGAUUCAGGAUGCUAAAGUAACACCCGCUCAUCUCAGCGAACUGAUUGAGCUAAUUAAAAAUCAGACAAUCAGCGGCAAAAUUGCUAAAUCCGUCCUGCCCGAUGUCUUUGAAACCGGCAAAACUCCAAAGCAAAUCGUCGAGGAGAAAGGGCUUUCGCAGAUUUCCGACGCGUCUGCAAUCGAAUCAAUCGUCGAUCAGGUCAUCGAAGAAAAUCCGGGACCCGCACAAGAUUAUCGCGACGGGAAGCAGAAGGCGAUCGGUUUCCUUGUCGGUCAAGUGAUGAAAGCCACUAGGGGCAAAGCCAACCCACAGAUGGUCAACCAGCUUUUGCAGCAGAAACUUACCGGCUAAGGGACCAACAACCGACUUGUCGAAGAAAGCUCGGUUCAAAGCAGUUAUGACAAUCCAAGACGCCUUCCACCAAGGUGCUGUGGUUUGUGCAACCCUUAGCGUACGAUAUUAUCAGGUUUCAUCGGAACACGCAAUCGGGUUAGCAGCCGCAAGUUAUUAAUGCCAUGACAAUACAACAUCCAAAGACAGACAAAAUCAACUUGAAGGGGUUGACACUGCUUGAGCUAGAAGAACUGGUGACACAGUGGGGCGAACCGAAAUAUCGUGCGAAGCAACUGAUGUCAUGGAUGUAUCGCGGACGAGUGGAGACAUUCGAGGCAAUGACGAACCUGCCCCACAAGCUAAGGCAGAGGUUGGCAGAUCUAGCUUGCAUCGGUGGGCCACAUGUCCUCACGCGCACGGCUUCCAACGCCGACACGGCAAUCAAAUACCUGUUUGAACUUACUGAUGGCAGCCGGGUCGAAAGCGUCCUGAUGUAUGAUCAAGAUCGCAUCACGGUCUGUGUUUCGUCACAGGUGGGGUGUGCGAUGGCGUGCGAUUUCUGUGCGACCGCGAAGAUGGGAUUUUUCCGUAAUUUGACAGUGGCGGAGAUUUUGGACCAAUUGAUAACAAUCGAACGUGAAUUGGACGACGAAAAAGGUGUGACGCAUGUUGUGUUUAUGGGGAUGGGGGAGCCGCUGGCAAACUAUGACCAGACUGUGAAAGCAAUCCGCUUGAUGACGGAUGCGAAUGGGUUAGGGAUAUCUGAAGGGAAGAUCACCGUUUCCACCUCCGGUUUAGCCCGGCGGAUGCGGCAAUUCACCCACGAGCAACUCAAGUGCAAUCUUGCCCUUUCGUUAAACGCCACAACGGACGAAACUCGAACACGCCUGAUGCCUAUCAACGCCAAAUAUCCAAUGGAUGAAGUCCUCAACGCCACACGGGAAUGGGCACUUGCGACACAACGACCCGCCACACUUGAAUAUGUUCUUAUCCAAGGUGUGAAUGACAGUGUUGCAGACGCUAGACGCCUCCGUAAACUGAUGGGACGGCUGCCGUGCAAGCUAAACCUUAUCCCCUUCAACGAGAUCGAAGGUGCCGAUUUUCAACGCCCCAAACUCGAUCAGAUUGAACGAUUCCGCCGCAUAGUCGCAGAUGGGCACCAUGUCGCACCGAUUCGAUUCAGCAAGGGCAGAGACAUCGCUGCCGCCUGCGGUCAACUCCGAACAAUUUACGAAAAGCAGGGCGUGAUGCUGCCGCAAGUGUCAUAGCGAAUUCCCAUUAUGCUUUCUGAGCUUGCUACCGCUAUUCAGGUAUCCAUCCGUAAGAACUACAACCUUACCAUCGAGUCAGCAACACCGAUCGGCACCGGCGCAAUGAGCACAACCAUGCGGCUUGCGACCAAUCAGGGAACAUUGUUCCUGAAAAUCUAUAAGUCGGCGCGAAAUCAGAAGACUCCUGCACAACUCGACCUUCAACGAAUCGCCUUCACGCACACUGUCCAAGACUUUUUAUAUGAGGAAGGUUUUCCUGUUCCUCGCUUACUGCCGAAUAAUAGCGGAGAAACGUUCAGCGUAUGUAACAGCCCUCUGGAAACAGGGGAAGUAUAUGCCCUCUCUGAAUUCAUUGAGGGAUCUGACUACGAUGUUGCGAAUUCGGAGCAGCUACGUGCAUCGGGGGAAAUGCUUGGACGUUUACACCAGCAGCUGCGCCUAUUUCAACCUCAAAUUCAGCUUGCCGG